GUUGUUUUCCUUGUCUGCCUUAAGUUCACCGCCUGCAAUCAAGUGCCAGUUCAUAUUAUCACAUAAACUGGAAGGAGGAGUUUAGGGGAAAAACCCAGAAAGAAAACCACCACAUGACUAAAGAGCUAUUAAAUACUCGAUCAGGCCAGUGAGCUUUCCCACUGGUACAGUCAGUCUGGUAUGUAAGCCUUUUCAGCACUGGGCAUCGCAUUAAAACUGCAGCCCAAAUCCAAAUCUGUUCAAUCAGGAGCGGAAAUUAUCAGUAAUCUGCACACCAGGUGAGCUUGCCUCUUGUGUGUAAACCUAUGUAGCCUAUACCUGUUGUGUGGGAGGGGUGUUUCAGCUAAAUGCCACCAUAUUAAGAAAGCGCACACAAGAAGAAAUGUCUGCUCUUUCCUGCAGCUAUUAAGUGCAUCUGAAAUCUGAGGGAAAAGUCAACAGUUUUGGUGGGAGGAGUAUGAGUGCAAAGGACGAAUUCCCACACGAGUGGAUGGACAGCCACGCCAAGGUUGCAAUAAAUGACGGCUCUGUACAGGCAGAGAGACCCAGUUUGGGAGAAUACAACCACCACCACCUGCCUUUGGGAGAGAGCAGCAUCACCUUGGAGCCUUCUGCUCUGGACACUGAUCAGCUGUUCCCACUGAUGGAGACCAAGUUGUACAAGCGACGCUGGGUCAUGCUCUUCAUUUUUAGUCUUUAUUCCAUGAGCAAUGCCUUCAUGUGGCUGCAGUACAGCAUCAUCAGCAACAUCUUUAUGCACUUCUACAGUAUUGACACUCUGGCCAUCGACUGGCUCUCUAUGAUCUACUUCCUCACCUACAUCCCUCUCAUCCUUCCUGUCAUGUGGCUUCUCGAGAACCGAGGCAUCAGGGACGUGGUGGUGGUCGGUUCGGCCUUCAACUGCAUUGGGGCGUGGAUCAAGACGGGCACGGCAGACCCCAACAUGUUCAUCAUGACCUUCUUUGGGCAGUUUGUGUGUUCAGUCGCCACUGUUUACAUCCUUGGCAUCCCGUCCAGACUUGCCUCGCUGUGGUUUGGGCAGCAGGAGGUGUCCACCGCCUGUUCCAUCGGCGUUCUGGGAAACCAGCUGGGCAUCGCCAUCGGCUUCCUGAUCCCACCGAUCCUUGUGCCUAAUGUGGAAGACAUGGAUGAGCUGGCGUACCACAUCAGAAUCAUGUUCUACAUCAGCGCCGGAGUAGCUACACUCAUCUUCAUCCUCGUUGUCAUUGUGUUCCAGGAGAAACCAGAGAUCCCUCCCAGCCAGGCUCAGGCUCAGGCCCAGAGCAUCUCUGCUGAUGAGUACUCCUACACAGCCUCUAUCUUAAGGCUGCUGCGGAACAAGAACUUCAUGCUUCUGGUGGUCAGCUAUGGGCUGAACGUCGGCUGCUUCUACGCUGUUUCUACGCUGUUGAACCGGAUGAUCAUUGAACACUAUCCGGGUGAAGAGGUGAAUGCUGGGAGAAUCGGCCUCACCAUUAUCAUUGCUGGUAUGGUGGGAUCCCUCAUAUGUGGCAUUUGGCUCGACAAGACCAAAAGCUACAGACAGACCACCUUGUUUGUGUAUCUCAUGUCUCUGAUUGGGAUGCUCGUCUAUGCUUUCACCCUCAACCUGGGUCACCUGUGGGUGGUGUUCAUCACAGCUGGAGUCUUAGGCUUCUUCAUGACGGGUUAUCUGCCUCUGGGCUUCGAGUUUGCAGUCGAACUCACCUACCCAGAAUCAGAGGGAACCUCAUCUGGACUGUUGAACUGCUCAGCUCAGAUCUUUGGAAUCAUUUUCACCAUCUCUCAAGGGAAGAUUAUCGACCACUGGGGCACUGUAGCAGGAAACAUCUUCCUGUGUAUCUUUCUGCUAAUAGGAACAGUAAUGACAGGAUUUAUCAGGUCUGACCUCCGACGGCAGAAGGCCAACAUCCAGACUGAGGUGCAGACAGUGAGUCCUGCAGACUCUGAGUCUUCGAUUCAGGACUAUGGGGCCACGUCAUGCAGCAUCCCCUGGCAACGGCAGUCUUGACAUAUACCCACAAGCUCACAAAAAUCUAAACACAUACCUGCCAAGAAAAUGACAGCUGAUCUAGAAGGAGGUGUUGCUCCACCUGAAAUCCUCAAAGAGGGAAAGUUAUAAGAAGAUUCAGAGCAAUAAACACCAGCAACAUGAAUAGAAAAAAACACAAGCACAUAUUCACAUGCAAAAACAUGCACACACACAGCUGGAGAAUAGAAGACACUCCAGUGAAGAGUGAGCACAUGAAACCUGAUGAACCUCAGUGAGGCUUUGUGAACACAGUGUGAACCAGCUGUUCCUUUAAUGUACUGUACAACACGACGCACCAGAGACUCCCACUAGCAUCCCAAGUGCAACUGAGCCCAACCCAAAAUAAGCACAAAUCAAUCAUGCACACGGGAAGUGCUUGGGGAAACUUCAGAUUUUUGCAUCCUGAGAUUAAAACAUCCUCAUUUUGGGCAUUUCAAAUGUCUUCAGUGCAAUACAACUGCCACUUUAGUGACUCCUAAACAUUAGUACAAUCUGAAACUGAAAUCAGCUUUAAGCUCUAAUCCUUGGCUCUCACCGUCCUCCUUAGUAUUACUGUAGUGCUCUACGCAGUACAAUGAGCAAUAUAAUUUAACUGUUUCCUCAUAUUGGACAAAUAUUAUAUAAAAUUGUCUUUACAUUGCUGAAGGUGUACUUUUGAGUGUUCUGUUUUUAGAAUAUGCAUGAUUCAUGCAGACUUAGGACUGUGACAUGUUUUCCUGUCAUGGCUGCAUCAUCAAGGCUUUUAGACCAUCCACCUGCUGUUCAGGAUCACAUUAAGUAUUACUUCUGAUUACUGCUGACUAUAUGAUGCUGUGCAUCUGAGAACUUUUUGGAUGUCCAGGAUUGUCCUUGUUGAACUGUAAGUGACCUGCUUUAUCAUAAAGGAAGUGAGACACUGGAAGAAUGGAUGUGAUGAUGGAAGAAGAAAACAUCUGGAACACUACAGAAUGCCUCCACAGCCCAGAGUGUGGAGUGAGGAUAAGGCAAAUUAAUAGAUUGCACUUGUCAUUUUGCACAAGAGUUUUCUUGGUGUAUAAUUCUCUUUAACUUGAAAGAUGUUACUGAGAAAUGUAGCCAUUGCUGUGAUCAGUGUUUGUAUAGUGUGUCAGUAAUGUAUGUAUUAACUUAAUGUGCUAUAGAUUGUUUGGUGAUUUCCUUUUUUUUUUUAUAUGAUAGUCAUGUGACUGUGACAGGUGCCAGUUAUUCUGUCAGUGGCAUUUUUACAACUUUUACAGUACUGUGGAAAUGUUUUCACACCCUGGUGUUUGUACAUUAUAUUACAUAUUAAUCACUCAUGUUGUUAAUAUUUUCUAGACCAAAAUACUCAGUGUAUUGUUUGCAUUGUUUUUAGUUACAGUGGGUCAUAAUAAAAUUAAACAGGUAAA